CUCUCUCACAUUCAUUUCCUAUUACACAUAUAUAUACACACAUAACUCUCCUCUCUUUAAACACAAACAAACAUUCACCACCUUAUUACUUUCAUAAACACAUCUCUCUCAUCUCUCUCUCUCUAACCUCUCUCUCCUCUUCCAGUAUCUGUAACAUCCUCAACAAGUAUAUGACAUCAACUCAAAUUUCUGAGAGAUCAUCAUCAUCAAUGGAUAUGGAAUCAAGUGUUCCUCCAGGAUUUAGAUUUCAUCCAACAGAAGAGGAACUUGUAGGGUAUUACCUCAACAGGAAAAUCAACUCACUCAAAAUUGAUCUGGAUGUUAUUGUUGAGGUUGAUCUCUACAAAAUUGAACCAUGGGACAUACAAGAUAAAUGCAAGCUAGGGUAUGAGCAACAGAAUGAGUGGUACUUUUUCAGCCACAAAGAUAAGAAGUAUCCAACAGGAACAAGAACUAAUAGAGCCACUGCAGCUGGAUUUUGGAAAGCAACUGGAAGAGAUAAAGCUGUAACUUCCAAAAAUAGAAUCAUAGGAAUGAGGAAAACACUUGUCUUCUACAAAGGACGUGCCCCCAAUGGAAGGAAAACUGAUUGGAUUAUGCAUGAAUAUAGGCAUCAAACCUCUGAACAUGGCCCUCCACAGGCAAAAGGAUGGGUUGUGUGUAGAGCAUUUAAAAAGCCAAGUCCAAGUCACAGGCCAGGUUAUGAACCAUGGUAUAGCAAUCAACAACAACCACAAUAUUUCAGAGAAGAUCAAAUUCAAACCUAUGCAACCACAAGACCUUUAUCAAUCACAGAUCUUUUGCAUGAAGGUACAAGUUUUAGUAGUCACCCUUUUAGCAAUGAUCAAAAUUUUCUAUCAAACCAAAACACUCUUGUUAUGGACAAGCAACAACUCAUUGAACUUCCACAGUUAGAUAGUCCAACAACAAUAGAAUGUAGCCAACAACAACAUCACAUAAAUGGUCUCAUCACAAAUGAAGAGUACUGCAGUGAAGAUAGAAGCAAUGAUAAUAACAAUAAUGGACAAGUGAUUGAUUGGAAAAGUUUGGACAACUUGUUCACUUCACAGUUUACAGAUACAGCUAAUUACUUUUCACAUCAAAAUAGCUUGCCAUUGAUGAUAUCUCAUAGCAAUAACCAGAAUGAGCUACAAUCUCAAAAUCAAGUUAAUAAUAUCUUAGGAUGCUUUCCUGAUUCAUAACUUGAGAGUGACAUCAUAUUCAUAUAUUAUAGCCAAUAAAUAAACAAGUAUCUUGAGUAAGAUGAUAUGGAAUCAUUAUAUCUUAGUUUUCCAUUUCAUCUUACUAUAAGCUAAUUUAGAAGUUUCUGAUAUUAUUAUAUGAUUUUUUUUAAGGGAUAAUGGAGACUUCACUUGAAGAGUGACUUAGCUCCUUUAGAGUUCAUAAUUUUCUUAUAUUAUUUUUCUCUUUCUUUCUUUUGGGUUACAAAUUAUAAGUUUAACUUUGUACUGUGUCAUUGGCUAUGUAACAAUCUAAAUGUACAUUCUCUUUUUUUGCAUGCAUAG